AAAAUGAAGGCGAUUCUUGAAGCGAUAUGCCUUUGUUUGGCUUUCUCUAUGUAUUGCCAUGGACAUAAUAUAAAUCCACAUAUUCAAGGCAUGCUAGAAAAAUUUUUCAAAACAAAGAAAGUCCUUUGGAAGCCGAGGGAAUUGCACAUAGAAUCAGAGAUUCCAAUUGACCUUAAAGUCAAAGUGUUGUCUACCUAUGAAAUGAAAGGAGUAGUUGACAAAUAUCCACAAAAAGCCAAAGACUGUUCAGAAUUAUUAAAGGCAGAUCCAAAGAGAAAGGGAAAGGAUGGUGUUUACGUGAUUUACCCCGAUCUUCACAACCGGAAGGAAGUGUUCUGUGACAUGACGACAGAGGGAGGAGGGUGGACUGUCAUUCAAAGGCGAAGAGAUGGAUCAACCGAUUUUUACAGAACAUGGAAAGAAUACAAACAUGGAUUUGGAGAUCCUUCCAAAAAUUACUGGAUUGGAAAUGAUGUCAUGCACACACUCACCAACAGUACAACUCAGCUUCUCCGUGUUGAUCUACAAAGAUUUAAUGGAGAAAAAGGAUACGCCAAAUAUUCUAGAUUUUCUGUGGACAAUGAAAGCAGCAAAUAUCAACUGAGUGCGUCGGGCUUUUCCGGUACAAUAGGUGAUGCAUUGAAUUAUCAGAACAAUAUGAAGUUCACCACCAAAGACCAAGAUAAUGAUAGACAUGGCGGAAAUUAUAACUGUGCGCAUGCCUGGCAUGGAGCUUGGUGGUAUGAUGCUUGUCAUCAUUCAAAUCUGAAUGGACUCUACACAAGUUCUGCUCAAAUUUCCGCAAAACAUCCUGUGUGGCAUUCCUGGAAAGACAAACAUGAAGCUUUGAAACGUACACAGAUGAUGAUACGCCCAAGCAAAUAAAUGAAUAAAAUAUUUGCUCAUGAA